UAUGCAUAUUAUGCAUAUUAUAAAAAUCACGCGAUAUUACCAGCAGUGAGUGUUGUGGGGACUGGAGUUACAGUAAAAAAAAUACAAUCAAAGAGCGUGGUUAGGAGUGAAUAAAUGCUUUCCUCUGACGUGUGUGAAGCGUCUGGCCGCGGAGCACAACCGACGCAAACACUCCCGCCGCCUCCCCCCGCCCGCCACCUCACUCCGCAUCCAGACCAACGGAACACUCCAGGGCGUGAUACCAGCGAGUGAUGGGCAAUGCAGACACCAAGCUACACUUCAGGAAGGCCGUGGUGCAGCUGACGACCAAGACGCAGCCCAUAGAUGCAGGUGAUGACAACUUCUGGGAGCAGUUCUGGGGGGAGCAGGUCACCUCAGUCCAGGAUGUGUUUGCCCUCAUCCCUGCAUGUGAAAUUCGCUCCCUACGAGAGGAGGCGCCGUCAAACUUGGCCACACUGUGCUACAAGGCUGUGGAGAGGCUGGUGAGGGCAGCAGACACAGGAUGCUCCACACAGCAAGAGCAGCAAGUUGUACUGAACUGUGUGAGAAUCCUGACCCGCGUACUGCCUUACAUCUUUGAGGACCCAGACUGGCGGGCAUUCUUCUGGUCAAGUUUGCCAGCAGGGGGGGAGGGGGAGAGUGUUCCCCUGGCCCACAGCCUUAUCCAUGCCCUCUGUGAUCUCCUCUUCUGUCCAGACUUCACUGUCACCACCAACAAGAAGACAGGACCAGACAAACAUGAGGACCUGCAAAGCAUCGACAGCUGUGAGUACAUCUGGGAGGCAGGUGUGGGCUUUGCCUCCUCCCCCCCUCACCUGCCGGCCCAUGACACCAACCGGACCGAGAUUCUGAAGUUGAUUCUCACCUGCUUCAGCCAGACCAUCUACCAGCCCUCCUCAGAGGUGAGUGAAAACAGGUGGAUUGCUGCAUUCACCUGGGCUGACAACCGCCAUGCAUUGCCACUCUUCACCUCGCUGCUUAAUACUGUGUGUGGCUACAACCCUACCGGCCUUGGAGUGCCCUACAACCACCUGCUCUUCUCAGACUACCGAGAGCCCCUGGUGGAAGUGGCACUACAGAUCCUCAUCACCACCCUUGACCAUGAUGUCACCUCCGCCUCACCAGUGAACCAAGAUGAGCCCACCAUGCCCAGUAACCUGUUCAUCAACUACCUGAGCCGCAUUCACCGUGAGGAAGACUUUUCUUUUGUGCUACGCGGCUUCACACGGCUUCUCAACAACCCUCUGCAGCAGACGUACCUCCCUCACUCCUCCAAGAAGGUCAACUUUCACCAGGAGCUCCUCGUUUUCUUCUGGAAGUUUUGUGACUACAAUAAGAAAUUCCUGUUCUAUGUCCUGAAGAGCAGUGAUGUACUGGACAUCCUGGUGCCCAUCCUAUUCCACCUCAAUGAUGCUCGAGCUGACCAAUCAAGAGUAGGACUGAUGCACAUUGGAGUCUUCAUCUUGCUGCUGCUGAGUGGUGAGAGGAACUUUGGUGUGCGGCUCAACAAACCAUACACAGCAUCUGUGCCCAUGGACAUCCCAGUGUUCACAGGCACACACGCAGACCUGAUGAUCGUUGUAUUCCACAAGAUCAUCACGACAGGACAUCAGCGCCUCCAGCCACUCUUUGACUGCCUCCUCACCAUCCUCGUCAAUGUGUCUCCAUAUAUCAAGACAAUGUCAAUGGUGGCUGCCAACAAGCUGCUGCACCUGUUGGAGGCAUUCUCUACCCCCUGGUUCCUUUUCUCUGCCCCAUACCACCACCACCUUGUGUUCUUUCUCCUUGAGACCUUCAACAACAUCAUCCAGUAUCAGUUUGAUGGGAAUAGCAACCUGGUGUACACAGUCAUCAGGAAGCGUCAAGUGUUUCAUGCGCUGGCUAACCUGCCAACUGACUGCUCCACAAUCAGCAAGUCCCUCAGCAGACGUGGCAAGCGCUGCCUAGCCCGCCACCCGUCCUCAGAGUCCACUCGUGGUCCACCCACCAUGGAGGGCGCCCUGCCCGCCCAGCCUGCCCAGCCGGGAACACACACUGCUACCCUCGCUGCCAUGCCUGGUCUGGAGAACAUGACAGAAAAGGAGUCAGCUCACCCAACCUCCCAGCAGUUGCACGACCUGACCACCACAGCCAAUGGUGAGCUGGUGGGGCCACUCUCCCCCCAGGUGCCCUCCAGCCCCACCAACAGCCCCCAGGAUUGUCCCCCACUUCCAAUGGGUACCAGUAUUCAGCCCCCAGCACAUCCCAACACCCUGCCUCCCAUACAAGACCUCAAGCUGAGUGACAAGGAAGAGGAGGAGGAGGAGGAGGAAGAGGAGAGAGCCUGGGUGGAUGGAGAAGCAGACCAUACUCUCCUCCUCUCUCACCUCAGUUCUCCACCCCCCGCCCACACCUCCUCCAUCAUGCCUGGCCGUGGAGACAGCCCCACCCCAUCCAUGCAGUCUGGAGUAUCUGACUCGUCUGGUCCCAGCCUGAGCCACACCUCAGCUGCCCCCUCCACUACCAGCACUGGUGCUGCCCAGCCCUGGACACCCACCACAGCCUGGGUGCUGAGCUGGAAGAACAAGCUGCCUCUCCAGACUAUCAUGCGCCUGUUGCAGGUCUUGGUGCCGCAAGUAGAGAAAAUCUGUAUUGAUAAGGGCCUGACAGAUGAGAGUGAGAUCCUGAGGUUCCUGCAACAUGGCACACUGGUCGGGUUGCUCCCAGUGCCUCACCCCAUCCUGAUCCGCAAGUACCAGGCCAACUCAGGCACCGCCACCUGGUUCAGGACCUACAUGUGGGGCAUCAUAUAUCUCAGUUUCCGACCGAUAACUACCGCAAAAACAUCACUCGCCCGCCAACCACCACUGCCUACGCACUCACACUCGCCACAAACAACCACAGAAAACGUCGACCCUCCGAUCUGGUAUGAUACUGAUGUCAAGUUGUUCGAAAUCCAACGAGUGUGAGAAUGACCACCUAAAUAUUGUGUGGUGUUUUGUGUGUGUGUGUGUGUGUGUGUGUGUGUGUGCGUGUGUGUGUGUGUGUGUGUGUGUGCGUGUGUGUGUGUGUGUGUGAUUUCUAAACACUAGUUUGUCGGAUUGUCUUUAGUCAGGUCAAGUCAUCCUGCUUAUCUUUGCUUUCUUGAGUUCUGUUGGCACUGUGCAAAUCUAUUACAAACUAUUCUUAACAGAAAUAACUAGAAGAUUUUGUCUGUUAUCUAUAUAUAGAAUGUUUAUAUAUAAUGCUGAUUUGGAUUAAUUUAGUAUGUUCGCAAGUACAACUCUAAGUAUUUUGUGUUCAAACCUGAUUCUAAGGUAAUUUAAUUUGGUAUUUUCUAAAGUUUUCAGUUCCUUUUAAGGUAAUGCAAUAUAUCUAGUUUGAAUGAAGUUGCAUAUGUGUAUUUAAUUUAUAUCUUACAUUCCAUUUGAUGAGGUAUGAGUAAGUGUUUUCCCCCAAUACAAGUAAUGAGAACACUUUACUACAUGGCUUUGUAGGCAGCAUAGCCUUCUAACUAUUAUAUCUUUGUAUACACCCUACCUUCAUAUACAACUAUAUGCUGCCGUAGUCACCCGGUCAUAUCUGUGUAGUGCAAUACAAGUCUCUAGUCUCCCUCAUAUAGUGUAUUGUGUGCUGCAGCAAUGAAGUGAAUGUUCGUAUAAUCAUCCUCCAAAGUUCCUUUCUUGUUAUCAGUGACACUAUUGUAAAUAUUUUUUUCAGAUUCAAUUUUCUUCGCAAAUUUUACCUUUGCUGUCUUUCUUGUGCUGAGCAUGAACACUCAGAUAUGUUGAUUUUACCCACAAUACAUCCAAUGUUUUUUCUUGGCGGAAAUAUGCAAGUCAGGCUCACCACCUCCUAAUUCAAGCUCCAAUAUAUGUUGUCAUGAUCCCAUUUUCUGAAAUGUAUGAUUGCAACUCUACAAUUGGCAUCCAUAUACACCCUGUGCUUGGUGAGCUGCGGAGAGCAACAUACAGUGUUUAUCCUGGCCAAGGAUUCAGACUCAAGCUGUGUGUACUAACCACUACAGCAGCAGAUAUCUGUUAAUAUAGUCAAAGGGAGGAGGACCAGGUGGGUGGGCUGCAUGCCGACUGCCCAAGUCCACACAUUCAUAGCUAGGAGUGCUAACCAUUACACCAUGGAACUUAAACUUAAAAGAAUAUAUAUAAAAUUAAAUAUUGUUUUGACCCUUGCAGGUGUAUGUGUAUGUGUAUUUACCUAUUUGUAGUCUACCGGACCCAAGCUAAGCUUUAAUAGUCCCGCCUCCAUAUCUACAUUUAUCCAGCCUUUCCUUCAUUUGUUGGACACUGUUCGCCUCCACCACCUCUUCCUGCAAGCUGUUCCAUGUGUUAACACUUCGAUGUGGAAAACUAUACUUUUUUAAGUCACUCAAACAGGUUCCUUUAUUAAGUUUCUUCCUAUGUCCUCUCAGCCCCUGCAUUCUUGCAGUUAAGAAGAGAUCAUCUCUAUCCUAUCUGUGUGUGUGUGUGUGUGUGUGUGUGUGUGCGUGCAUGUGCGUCCAUCCGUGUGUGUCUGCUUGUGUGUGAGUGUGUGUCCAAGUACCUAUACAUUCCAGGUGACAUUCUUUAAUAUAUAAUUCAUUGUUUUUAGUAAGAUUAGAUGUUAAGAAAUAUUUUGUGAUGACAAUUAAGGGAAAAACUAAGGAGGGAACAUUUUUCUUUGGUCAAAUUCUCUUACUCUAAUCAUCCUUUAAGGUGAACAUGACUGAUGUCCUUUCAGUGUUCUGUAAUGCAAGCUUAACACAAAACCAAGAAGUCUGGGUUGUUAUGUCCUUGCUUGGUGGCUAGUAAAUGGGUGUGCUGCAUCUCCUGCAGAAGCCCCAAUUCACCUAGCACAAAGUAGGUAUGGGGUCAUAACAUUUAAAGGGUAGAUCAUGAGCCUGGCGUACAGGUACCAAACCCGGCUUGCCAAGUGUUGUUCAAGCUUAUGUCUUUUAUUCUCUUCAGCACAAGACCCUCUUUAGUGCCCACCCUCCUUAGGAGGACAGUGCAAGUGAAACCAGACAAAGAAUACAUUGUUUUUAAUAUUAUACUACUAUCUCCUCUCCUCUUAGGGUUAGGGUAAGCAGUUGUCUCUCAUGCUCUUAACCCUCAGAAUGUCAGGGUCUGCAAGCCUCAUAUGAGCCUUCAAAUGUCCCUGGUUUUAACAGCAUAUUUCCAAUUGCAACAGCUUGAAUUUUUUGUAUUUGGCUUGUUGCCUUUAAUUUGCUAUAGGACGAGCAUGCAGUAACAUAUCAUCUCUGUAGCAGAACACCACCGUAGCAAAAUAUUACCCCAGAACAAAAUGCCACCCCACAAAAAAUACCAUCCAAAAACAGAACACUACUGCAGAGUAGAAUAUUACCCCACAGAAAAGGGUUGCCUUUAUAGCAAGUAAUUUUCCAUAGGAAGAUACUUGCCCACAGGCCCUUCCCCUCCUUCAACUCUCAUCCGCCACCCUUCAUUUCCACCCACCGUCCCAACUUACCAGUUUAGGGUGAAAGACACAAGAAAAGUAUUAUUUGAUCUCCAAGCACACUAUAGGGUGAAGCACAUAUAUAAAAGUAUUAAGUAUUUGAAUCUCAGUUGGCAGAUUUGUGUGGAGUCCUCAAGUGUGAUUAUUGCCAGUGCCUCACAGUGCCCUUCCAAAAAGAGCUUUAUAUGCUAUUACAGAUAUGCAAGCCUAACAUAAUUUAAUCAAUUGCAUUUUAAUAUAAACAAAGUCUUUUAUAACUUCUUUUUAUGCCUUGCAGUUUAACCACAAACUUGUUCUACCCACACAUCCUCCAAAAACAAAUCCUCAGUGUUACUGAACCAAAGGAAAAUGUAAACCUGGCCCUGUUUUUUAUGACUUACAUAGGGGUUGGUUACAGAGAACAGUGUAGACUUUAAAUAGUAGGAAGUUGAACAAGGCUUGAAACACGUUUCAUCUGUAAUUGGUGUAACACUCAGGAUACCUUCAUGGGAGCUUUAUUUAUUUACCUUUAUUUCUACAAAUAAAUGCUGCAUUAUUUCACCCAUUUACAAAUAAUCAUAAUAUACCACAUAAGAAAAGUAAACAGUAGCAGAAUUUUGUAUUGCCUGUAAUUAUAUAUUACUCCAAUGAGGUAGCUGGAGAGAGUUCAAAGAAAAGUUUUUUGCUGAAGGAUGAAAACUUGAUGAUGCAGCAUGAGGUUAGUGUUUAGUGGCAUGAUAUAUUGGGUGCCAUCUUUGGUGUAGAGGGAUUGAGUACACAGUCUUUGGUUUAAUGGGAUGAGUGUUGUACAGUGUUUUGUGCAGUGCAAUGAAGUGUACAGUCUGGUGCAGUGGGAGGGAGUGCACUGCCUUCAGUGCAGUUUUUGUUGCAGUUAAAAUUAAGCGUUUUUGUAUAGAAGUAAUGAGUUUUUGGUUCUGGCAAAUGUAAUGUUUUAAGGUUUAAGAUGAUAAAAUACUAACCUCAUGGGUCCUGGAAAAUUAAGUGCAUGCAUAUUUUUGCUAUAAAGGAAACAAAAGGCAGACCUUAGAAAGUGAAUAUGAUGAAGACUGUUUUGUGAAAUAUAAUGACAUGUAAAGCUUUUUGUUAAACAAACUCCUUGGUAGUACAUAAAUAAUUGCAGCUUGGUGCAUUGGAGUUUGUUAUGAUUAUAGUUUAUAAAUACUUUUAUAACUUCAUGUCUGGAUUGACAUGUUAUGACCAGAGCAGUCUGAGGCCAAUGCCUUCAAUUUAGAGACCAGUUAUGUUUACAUAUCCAAUAUAUUUUGUCCUUACUGGUGACCUCAUAUGGCCCAUACAAAGGUAACGACCUGUAUGUAUGGGGUUUGGAGGUGCCUUCUAGACCUGUACUUAAGCAUUGCCUGUUCACUCUUAAUGAUGUCUCCCUCUGCUACCCAGCGAGCACUAUUAUUCCAAUAACAUUAUACUACCUAAUCAUUUUUCCAUAGUAAACAUGAUUUAUGCCCUCUUCCAUUCAAAAGGCAAGAACCAUUGUAAUGUAAUUAAAGGUUAAUUGCCUAAAGUCCCACCCCUAUUUUAUGUCCUGCCUGUUUGAUUUGCUGAUAUUAGGAACCCAGUACAAUUAAGAGAUACUCCUUCCAAUAAACACUAUUUGCAUCAAAUUUGUUCCAAGAAGAUAGGUGGCAGAGUAGAACCCUGCAAUGAAUCUCAAAGGAAUAUAAAAUGUUGGUUUGUGUAGAGCCAAAGAAGUCGAGGCAUUGCAUACUUUAUUCUUGAUGCCUUACGGAAAACAUUUCCCUCCAAAGACUUUUUUCAAAAAAUAUUAGAUGCAAAGUUCUCUUUAGUUAAAUCCAAGACCUCUCAAUAGAACACAAUAAGAAAAGUUGUUUUAAGAAAUACCAUAUUUAUUUGUGAUGCUUAAAUUUUUGUAGAAGUUUUCCACAAAACCUCCAGAAUAAAGUCAAUGAGUCAGUCCAAUUUUCUUUCACUGGAAAAUAUGUAAUAUGGGUAGAAAUCAUGUUGAGGCAUCAGGAAUGAAGCACAUGUUAUUAUUGAUCCUCUGCAAGGCUCUCCAUAGAAGUCAUUCACAAAAUGUCAUUAAUAAAGCCACUCUUCAACAUGGCCUCUGCCUCCUCACCUCUUCAUGCUGAAGAAAAAACAACAAACAUUGUUCUCAUGUUAGAGAAUUUUCUACCAUACCAGCACCAAAAUACUGGUCUUUAUUAAGGUUGAGGAAAAGAGGCUAAAGUGAAGGCAAGAGUAAUAAAUAUGACUUGUGAUGUAAUGAAGACUAUAUCCAUUCUUAGGCAGGACUCAAUAACUUUUAGUGGGGGAGGGCAUCACUCCCUUGGUUGCAGGUGUGCCAGGAUGCUGUAUAGCUGUGGAAGGCUGACCAGCAACCAAUAUGAAUGAUCAGAAGCUAUUACUAGUCAUGUAACUAAACCAGUCCUGUCUAAAGGACACUAAGAACAAAUAUAUUGCAGCUGUUAGUUAUAGCUUAAAUACCCCUUUGUUUUGGCCUCCAUACGCUUCAUAUCAACUGAAAAUGUCACUUUAUGUACCUUGUUUGCUUCCUAAGUAUAUAAUGUUAUUUAUGUAUCUUCUUAUAUAUUGAUUAAAAUAGCCAGUAUAAAGACUAACCCCAGAGGUAUAUUGUGUAUAUAUUAAGGCACCACAGUGUAUCCAUAUCAUGACAGUAAUGUAUACUAUAUACUGUGACCUGUAGCAAACUAAAUUCAUAUAUAAUAUACUGAAUGUUGAUAAUAAAGCUCAUAAACAUUUU